GUGUCGUCACCCGGCUCAGAAUCUUUAGUGCUGCACUUCCGGUUCUCGGGAGUGACUCGUUUCCAAGCAGACACACAGAGGGCAUCAGGACGGCGCAGCGGGGAUUUUGUGAUUAACGCCCGGGUGUUAAAAACUCACCCGACCGACCGCCUGAGAGAGAAGUUGGAAGGAAUCUGCUAGAUCAGUUCUCAUUGCCGUCUGGAACUAGAAGGAGAGCUCGUUCCUUUAGGACAUCAGGAGCCACCUCUUCUGUUUGGGGAAUCGACCUCUUCUCAUUCUGUGCUGUUAGUGGCUACACCCGGGAACACGUGCUGUUGUGUUUGAGCGUGCCUCGCUCUUUUAUAAGACUGCAAUGCACCGCUUAAGGACUUGUGCGGCGCGGCUUCGGCCGAUCACGGCCUCACAGACUGCUAGGAACCUAUCACAGCAGAGGCCCCCGGCCACACUUAGGACGUUUCAGCCGUCCAGGCGCUACACCGCGCCGGUGGCUGCUGAGCCGUUUCUGAAUGGCACAAGCUCUAACUAUGUGGAGGAAAUGUAUUAUGCCUGGCUGGAAAACCCCAAGAGUGUGCACAAGUCUUGGGACAUUUUCUUCAGGAACGCUAAUGCUGGUGCUCCUCCUGGCACUGCCUACCAGAGUCCUCCUCCGCUGGGCGUGAGCCUGGCGGAACUGACCCAGGCUCAGUCUCUGGUAGGAGCUCAACCCAAUGUGGAGAAGCUGGUGGAGGAUCAUCUGGCUGUACAAUCACUCAUCAGAGCUUAUCAGAUCCGGGGUCAUCAUGUCGCUCAGCUGGACCCUCUGGGGAUUAUGGAUGCUGAUCUUGACUCAUGUGUCCCUACAGACAUUAUAACGUCAUCGGAUAAACUCGAUUUUACACAUUUCAAGAAACGUCUAAGCGUUCUAACCGUUGGAGAGUUUGACUACCAUACUGGCUUAUCUGAUAGCGUACAAAGGGGCUUCUAUGGACUGGAGGAGGCGGAUCUGGAUAAAGUUUUCCGUCUGCCCACCACCACCUUCAUUGGGGGAACGGAAAGCGCUUUGCCUUUGCGUGAGAUCAUCCGCCGCUUAGAGAUGUCGUACUGCCAGCACAUAGGGGUGGAAUUCAUGUUCAUUAACGACUUGGAGCAGUGUCAGUGGAUCAGGCAGAAGUUUGAGACCCCGGGGGUCAUGCAGUUCAGUCUGGAGGAGAAACGGACACUGCUGGCCCGCAUGAUUCGUUCCACCAGGUUUGAAGAAUUUCUGCAGAGGAAGUGGUCCUCAGAGAAGCGUUUUGGACUGGAGGGCUGUGAGAGUCUCAUCCCUGCUCUUAAAACCAUCAUCGACAAAUCCAGUGGCAGCGGUGUGGACACGGUCAUCAUGGGAAUGCCACACAGAGGGCGACUGAAUGUGCUGGCUAACGUAAUCAGGAAGGAGCUGGAGCAGAUCUUCUGCCAGUUCGACUCCAAGCUGGAGGCUGCAGAUGAGGGUUCAGGGGAUGUGAAGUACCACUUGGGGAUGUACCACAGGAGGAUAAAUCGUGUAACAGACAGGAACAUCACUCUGUCCCUGGUGGCCAACCCAUCCCACUUGGAGGCUGUAAACCCAGUAGUGCAGGGCAAAACCAAAGCUGAGCAAUUCUACUGUGGCGACACGGACGGCAACAGGGUGAUGUCCAUCCUGCUCCAUGGUGAUGCGGCGUUUGCUGGGCAGGGCAUCGUCUACGAAACCUUCCAUCUGAGUGACCUGCCGUCCUACACCACCCAUGGCACAGUGCAUGUAGUCGUCAACAACCAGAUUGGCUUCACCACUGAUCCCCGUAUGGCACGCUCCUCUCCAUACCCCACUGAUGUGGCACGUGUGGUGAACGCCCCCAUCUUCCACGUUAACGCAGAUGACCCUGAGGCCGUCAUGUACGUGUGCGACGUAGCUGCCGAAUGGAGAGCCACCUUCCACAAAGACGUUGUGGUCGACCUGGUGGGUUACCGCCGUAACGGCCAUAACGAGAUGGACGAGCCCAUGUUCACCCAGCCACUGAUGUACAAGCAGAUCAAGAAGCAGAAGGCUGUUUUGCAAAAGUAUGCUGAGAAAAUUAUUGCUGAGGGGGCCGUUACACGCCAGGAGUAUGAGGAGGAGAUUGCAAAGUACGACAAGAUCUGCGAGGAGGCGUACAAUCGCUCCAAGGAUGAGAAGAUCCUCCACAUCAAGCACUGGCUGGAUUCCCCCUGGCCUGGUUUUUUCACUCUGGAUGGCCAGCCCAAAAGCAUGAGCUGUCCUUCGACAGGACUGACUGAGGAGGAGCUUACAAAGAUCGGACAGGUAGCAUCAUCCGUCCCUGUGGAAGACUUUACCAUUCAUGGAGGUCUCAGCCGAAUUCUGAAGGGCCGUGGUGAAAUGAUUAAGAACAGGAUUGUGGACUGGGCUUUGGGAGAAUACAUGGCCUUUGGUUCUCUGCUUAAAGAGGGAAUUCACGUCCGCCUCAGCGGCCAAGAUGUAGAGAGAGGAACCUUCAGUCACCGUCACCAUGUGCUUCAUGAUCAGAAUGUCGACAAGAGGACCUGUAUCCCCAUGAACUACGUUUCCCCUAAUCAGGCUCCAUAUACUGUCUGUAACAGCUCCCUGUCUGAGUACGGAGUGCUGGGUUUUGAGUUGGGAUUUGCCAUGGCCAGUCCUAAUGCUCUAGUUCUGUGGGAGGCCCAGUUUGGAGACUUCCAUAACACAGCUCAGUGUAUAAUUGACCAGUUUAUCUCUCCUGGCCAGGCCAAGUGGGUUCGUCAGAAUGGCAUUGUUCUGCUCCUGCCACAUGGCAUGGAAGGCAUGGGUCCUGAGCACUCAUCAGCCCGUCCUGAACGCUUCCUUCAAAUGUGCAACGACGAUCCUGAUGUUUUCCCUAAAAUCACAGAUGAUUUUGCGGUGCGUCAGCUGUACGACUGUAACUGGAUUGUGGUGAACUGUUCCACUCCUGCCAACUACUUCCAUGUUCUCAGGAGGCAGAUCCUUCAGCCCUUCAGAAAACCACUCAUCGUUUUCACUCCCAAGUCUCUGCUGCGUCACCCAGAGGCCAAGUCCAGCUUUGACCUGAUGCUGCCUGGAACCCAUUUCCAGCGUGUAAUUGUGGAGGAGGGCCUUGCAUCCCAGAACCCCGCUGAAGUGAAGAGACUCAUUUUCUGCACAGGAAAAGUCUACUACGAGCUCACACGUGAGCGUAAGACUCGUGGCAUGGAGAACAAUGUGGCCAUUGCCCGCAUUGAGCAGCUCUCUCCAUUCCCAUUUGACCUGGUUAAGGCUGAGACAGAGAAAUACCCCAACGCUGACCUGGUCUGGUGUCAGGAGGAGCACAAGAACCAGGGCUACUACGACUACGUGAAGCCCCGCAUGCGCACCACUAUCGAUCGUGCCAAGCCCGUUUGGUACGCUGGCCGUGGAUCUGCCGCUGCUCCUGCCACCGGAAGCAAGAAUUCUCACCUCAUGGAGCUGAAGCGCUUCCUGGACACUGCAUUCAACCUGGACUCCUUCAAGGAUCACAUCUAAUUUUACAACUUGCAAUUACAGGCAACAAACAAAACAAACAAUGUUCAGUUCUCCUACCCGCUCCAAAACCAAUAGGUCCCAUUAAUGCACCAAUACUCUCUUUAUACAAUGCAUCUUAAUGUAUCAUGCCACAUUCACUGAAUCUGUCUCACACUUACGCAAACAUACUAGGUUUUUGUCAAGAAACACAAAGUAGUUCUCCAGAUGCAUCGAACACACUUUCUAUCAUCUACACACACACACACACACAUUACAUUUUACACUAAAUCUCCUGUUUUGAGUUUCUGCUCUCAUUGCAGUCCAGCUCUUUUAAUCCCAGACGCAUUACAUCGAAAAGAAAACCCAAAAAUGAGCGCACAGUGUAAACGCACACAACCAAAACAGCAGCGACGGCUUCCAGAUCCAAGUACUCUGAUCAUUUUCACUUCUACUGUACAUUUUAUUUUUACUCAUUUAUAAUGCUAUACAGACAUCAGAGCAAUGGCUGCUGCAUAAUACUGAUGCAAUUCUGGCUUUAACACUUGUGAGAGCUGUUUGAAGACCCUUGUUUGCAAGUUGCUAAUGCUGUGCUUAAGACGGGGAAAAUUCACGAUGAACCUCACACAUUUAUAGCAUGAUUCAAAAAUAAGUUGAUGGAUUGGAUCAGGAAAUAUGCCAAAUGUAAUCUGCCAGAUUUUAGAUCUGUUGAUCUUUAGCAAUCUAUUUCUAAACAAUGUUAAUUAAUUAUUGCUGCUUUCGCUACCCAGGGUUCUUUGUGCUUGCUCUGAGCUAUUGAAAUCCAAACCUUUUCUUCUUUAAAAGGCUUUAAGUUAUAUUUUAUUUUCUUUAUUCAUCUGUGGUUUUAUUUUUGCUUUAAUCUUCCCCACAUGUACAGAUAGUUGGCUCAUUGGUAUGUGGUUUAUCGACUAAUGGAACAAGACCUGUACCUGGUGAUGUAUGGAUAGUUUCUCAUGUCUUUGCAUUGUUUUCUGAUAAAUGAAUGUUUAUUUGGUUCUCAGAAGCGGUUCUUUUAAGUUGUAUGAUUGUAUUUAUAUGAAUAUGUUAACACACAUAAAUGAGGCUAAUGAAUGGUCCCUUUUGAGUGUGUUAACUAAGACCCCCUCCAUCUCGAUUAAACAUCAGAUCAUACGCUCAUUAUCACCCUACUAUGUGCCAAAAAAAACAACAACCUCUGAUCGGACUGAAUAAAGAAAUGGCAAUGAAUCCUGAUGGUCUAAAAAGGAAUACAGGAGAUGAGUUUUGCUUGUCCUUCACAAAGAGGAAGCUGAUGAUUUUAUUUAUUUUAUUUUAGGGGAUUGAGAUCUUGUCCCUGUUUAUCUUCAUUCAAUAAAUACAUUAUCUUCUCAGA